GUGGCGUCUGCAGAUGCACACAGACCAUGCAAGUGCCACGGCAGCCCUGCCCUUAGAAAAGAAUCCUAUCUGGAAGUCAGACAUGUGACCCAUCUCUGCACCUGCCCCUGAGAAAUCUGGCUUUUCAAGGAGUCAGCCCUUUCCAGGCCAAUAGCUGAAAGGAAUGAUGAGAAGAACUUGUGACACAUCAACUCUUGACUCAGAUGCUAACACAGUAUAAUUUAAUGUCUACUUGAUGAAACUACUUUUCUACUAAGGAAAAUAAAAGGUGACUUGCAAAGUAUGGCCGGCCACAACAUCUCCAGGGAUUCCUCUUGCAGUCCUACAAUGACGCCCCACUUAACCAGGCUCUACUUCGUAGUGCUCAUUGGAGGGCUGGUGGGUGUCAUCUCCAUUCUGUUCCUGCUGGUGAAAAUGAACACCCGCUCUGUGACCACCACUGCGGUCGUUAACUUGGUGGUGGUGCACAGUGUUUUUCUGCUGACCGUGCCUUUCCGCUUGACCUAUCUCAUCAAGGAGACUUGGACAUUUGGGCUGCCCUUCUGCAAGUUCGUGAGUUCCAUGCUGCACAUCCACAUGUACCUCACCUUCCUUUUCUAUGUGGUCAUCCUGGUCACCAGGUACCUCAUCUUCUUCAAGUGCAAGGACAAAGUGGAAUUCUACAGAAAGCUGCACGCUGUGGCUGCCAGCACUGGCAUGUGGGUGCUGGUGAUUGUCAUUGUGGUGCCCCUGGUUGCUUCCCAGUAUGGAACUCAGGAGGAGUACAAUGAGCAGGACUGUUUUAAAUUCCACAAAGAACUUUCCCACACGUACGUGAAAGUCAUCAACUAUAUGAUAGUGGCGAUUGUCAUAGCCAUUGCGGUGAUUCUCUUGGUCUUCCAGGUCUUCAUUAUUGUGUCGAUGGUGCGGAAACUAGGCCACUCUUUGCUAUCCCACCAGGAGUUCUGGGCUCAACUGAAAAACCUAUUUUUUAUAGGGAUCAUCAUUUUUUGUUUCCUCCCCUACCAGUUCUUUAGGAUCUAUUACUUACAAGUUGUGGAAAGUGCCAAUGACUGUGAAGAUAAUGUUGCGUUUUUUAAUGAAAUCCUCUUGAGUGUAACAGCAAUCAGCUGUUGUGACUUGCUGCUGUUUGUCUUGGGGGGAAGCCGUUGGUUUAAGCAAAAGAUAAUUGACCUAUGGAAUUGCAUUUUGUGCCGUUAGCCACAAACUGCAGUAUUCAUAAUUACUUCCUUUAUAUUGGGAGUGAAAAUGGGCACAAGGAAUGGAAGAAUGGUAUUGCAUUACAUGAUCAAAACCAUGCCUUGAUCUAGCCAAACAGAGGACUAUGAAACGUCAGAGCACUCAUCCUAGUCCUUGUUUGAUUCCUAUGGUCUCUGAAUGAUGCCAAUACAAAGACCAGCAAUGUUGAAUCCACCUGGAGUUGCAAUACUGUGCUAUUUUCCAAUACAAAAUGUCUGCUUGGCCCAUCCAGGCAACAUAGGUCUAAAGAGUUUUAGAGUUUCAUUACCUCAUUCUAAUUUCCUCCAUUGGAAAAGUGUCCUUUUUUUAGGCUUUGGACUGGAUGCAACUGUUUUCAUUCUACUUCACCUUAGGAAGGUUGAUCCUGGCCACAAUUUAGCUCAAAGACACAAACUCUACUUGGCUAACAAGAUAAGAUGUCCCAUAUAUCUCACACCCUGACAAAAACAAAUAAGAUAAGAGAAUGGUAAUGAACUUUUCUAGAUUAUCUUAACUCUAAAGGGAAGUCAGUUAUCUAAGAAUCAAACAAAAAGAACUCAUGGCCUUCUGUUAAAACAAGAUUUUCUAGAUUUGUCCUUUGACAGGUCAAGUUUAAGGACAUGGAAAUCAACUACCUCAAUAUCACUAAUUGCACUGUUGCCCCCAAAAUCAUUCCAAAGUUCACUGAACACGUAUAACUAAUGGUAAAAGUAUAACUUAGAGAAUAUUCUUGCCCAAUAUACUGCCGGGCAUUAAAAUGAGUUCUCAAGGGAAGUGAUUAAAUUUUUUUCUGAGUUUUGAGAGAAUUUCUAAAUGUCCCAGGCCACAGUUGAUUUAAUUUGAGAAAAGAAAGUUAUACCGAAAUCUUUAGAGUUCCCUUCCUCCCCUAAAGUUAUGUGUUUUUAAAUAAAUGAAAACUAAAAAAAAAAAGGACUUUGGGGAAAUAUAUUUAAAACCCCAUUAAUUUAGACCCUGUGAGAUUAGGCUGCAUGAAGGUUUUCUGAAUUUUUGAGGAAUGGAUGAAUAAACACACUUGAAAAUAAUAAAGUUAUAAAUCUUUAAAACAUUAAAUAAUUUGAGUUUCUUAUCAAAUUUGGAGUAAAUUCUUGCAAAAUUUGAUUCAUAACUUGUGACAUGUGCAUGUUAAAUUGAUUUUAUUUCAAGAACCUUUAUUUCUGGCUAGGUUGAUACACAGUGGGUUUUUGCUUUUUGGGUUUUUUUCCUCUUCCCCAUUCUUCUUUUGUUCUCAAUGUUUCGUACUCUCAAAACUUUCCCAGGAACUGAUCCAGUUUUGUAUUUAAUGCUUCAGAAAACCUAAAGUAGUUAAUGAUAUGAAUAGAAGAACUGAAUGAAUUAAGGGAAUUUUUUUUUUCCAUCAAGGUAUAUCUUCCAGAUUUAAAGGUCUUUCUUAAUUUGUUAUCACUCAAUGAAUCCACAGUUCAUCAGAUGAAUAAGAAAUACCCCUGUGAGUUUCUAAGAGAAAUUAAUUCUGAGGAAGAAAAAGUAGCAACAUAGUUCAAACAUUACUUGUUUCAAAUUUUUUCCUGUUAUAAAUUCUCUUUUAUCUUUCCUUUUUCAAAAAGUUAUAUUUAUUUCUUAUUUGUCUUUUGUUCCCAUUUAUUUUCUUAGGUUUUUCUUUCUCACUUUGAUUCAUAAAAUCUGUAAGAAAAUUACCAUGACCCAUAAAAGUUUUGAGAAAAUUUGUAACACCCAUAAAAUGUAUAUGAAAACAAAGACACAGAGAGAAAUAUUUAAAUUAAAAAAGUUAUUUGUGAGGAUUUCAUUAGGCUUUUUUUCUUAUGUUAAUAUCAUCACUAUCAUAAUUUUAUCUUAUAGAUUGUAUUAUUUUCUCUCCCAGGUUUUAGAUAUGUUGAGGUCAGGCAGUUCUGGUUUUCUUUGUAUGAAUACGUUAUAAUAAAGGGCCUAUUUCUGUGGACCUAUAAGAAAUAUUACUGAAAAUAUAGAAACACAAUAUUCCGUAACAUCUUAUUCAUCAGUUUUGAUAGAAUAAAUUAAAAAAAAAUUAGUUAGCCUGUCCUCUACCUUUAAUUGCUAUUGAAAUGAAUCUUCCAUGUGAGUGGGGGUGAUAUUGGCCUUUAGAGCCAUGGUUGGAUAUCACCAUUACAAGAGAAUAAUAUUGACAUUUGGUGGUGGGGGCCAGAGACUAGACAUCUUGCCUUGCACACAACUAUCUGUACAAUAAAGAAUUUUCAGGUCUUGAUUCAUAUUUGACUGUUGUGCUGGAUAUUCAUAAAGUGAAACAUAAACUAAUCAGAGCCAUUAUUGGGUUUUAUUCAGUUUUCAUAAAUACAUGGUAUUUUGGGUAUGGUUUUAAUUUUCUGAAUUUUCUGGAAAUGUAGCUAUCGUGGAUAUUAAAGAAAGAUU